ACCAAAACACCGCAGGUCAAGCACACAGGGAGUUAAAGCAGUAGCGGGCAGACAAAAGUGCGACAAGAUUCAUAAAGAUUUCAGAAGACUACAUUGAUAGAGGUCAGCAAUGCCCCGACAUGUGAUCCGGGUCCAGCCGCAAAUUAGGCGCCUCCACGGAGCCGAGCAAUGGAGCACGGGUCUGUGUGCGUGUCAUGAAGAGCUGGGAGACUGCUGCUUCGCCCUUUGCUGCCUCCCGGUGUUCACCUGCAAGGUGAGCAGCAAGGCGGGCGCGUGCCCACUGCUACCCCUGCUGGACUGCAUCGGCUGUGUGCCCCCGGCCUCCCUCGCCAUCAGGGCCUCUGUGAGGGAGAGAUACGGCAUACAGGGCAGCGUGUGGAGCGACUGCCUGUACGGAUGCUGCUGCUACUCGCUAUCUUGGAUGCAGAUCUCCAGAGAGCUGAAAAGAAGGGCUGCAGCUCACACCUCCUCCUCGUCAUCCUUCUCCUCCUCCUCGUCCUCAUCUGCAAGCAAAUACAUUAGACUCACUCCCCUGCAGGGGUCGCACUUGGUCUGAACCACUACGACUCAGCUUUCAUUUCAUCAGAUUAUUUGUGCAAAAUUAUUUAUGCAAAAGUAUUGUGCCUCCAUAAGAUUUGUUGUCAAGAAAUGACAAAACGUAUUUAACUUUUUGCUCGUCUUUUAUAUUAGAAUACAAAUAAAGUGUCAACAGAAAAAGAACACCACUACUAGAAGGCCGGCUGAUGGUAUUUUGGUUUGGAAUAUUUUGAGUUAUCAUAUUUUUAUGCAUAUGUUCUUUACUGAGCAGCCUUUGAUUCCAUGGCAAAAAUACUGAUGUGAACAUUAAGCCAAGAAUCUUUAUUGUUAUAUUGUUAUUAUCUUGGUGGCACGGUGGUCUAGUGGUUAGCGCGCAGACCUCACAGUUAGGAGACCAGGGUUCAAUUCCACCCUCGGCCAUCUCUGUGUGGAGUUUGCAUGUUCUCACCGUGCAUGCAUGGGUUUUUUCCGGGUACUCCGGUUUCCUCCCACAUUCCAAAAACAUGCUAGGUUAAUUGGUGACUCCAAAUUGGUAUGAAUGUGAGUGUGAAUGGUUGUUUGUCUAUAUGUGCCCUGUGAUUGGCUGCCCACCAGUCCAGGGUGUACCCCGCCUCUCGCCGGAAGACAGCUGGGAUAGGCUCCAGCACCCCCUCCGCGACCCUCGUAAGGAAAAAGCAGUAGAAAAUGAAUGAAUCAAUGUUAUUAUCUAUCCAUCCAUUCAUUUUCUAUCCUCAUUAGGAUGACAGGGGUAUGCUGGAGCCUAUCCCAGUUGACUUUUUCUCUUUAGAUGACACCUUUUUCUCUUAGAAUUUCUUUUUAUUCUUGAAAAAUGGCCGCUACAUUUUCCGAAUCAGCGGGAAUAGUGCAAUCGUUUGUCCAUGGAUAUACAAUAUGACGGGAUAACUGGGCGAUGGAGGAGGGAGAAGGAAGGGAACAACAAGAAAAGAGGGGAGGGAAAAAAAUUCCAAACUAAGCUCCUAUGGGGGAGUAUAGUAAAAAAAAAAAAACUCAGCAUACGUAUAAGUACAUAUAAGCACAACGUAAACACA